UCGUGCAUAGCCUUAUCUUCAACGGCUUGAAGCGACAAAAAGUAACCACAGACCCCUGCAACGAAGUCGCGGAGUAGAUAAAGGUCGGACGGAAACGGAAACGUGGGUAGUAGUGUAAUUGAACGAUUGGAUACCUGCUGUUAAAGGUUCUAGGGUCGCGUGCUUUCCUGAUGACUAGUGCGUUGGUUAGAGGUUUCAUCCCAUGGUGUUGGAUGCAUUCUCCUGCGUCACGUAGAAGGCGGCGCCACAACCGUUCCAGUCGAUGGAAACGGUCCAAGGUAGGCGUGGUAUACCCCACGCUACUCGCAGAAGCAGCAGGAUUUGGAUGUUCCUGGAAAUUGUCUCAUAUCCGGUCUCAGCUGAAAACAGGACACGAAACGGAAUACCGCAACAGUUGUGAAAGAACAGUCGACGCAGAAACCCAGAGGGGAGAGCAAUGCCGGCGCCAUAUUUUGAAAAGCGCAUAUCUGAAAAUAUUAUUCUCGUGAAGACAUCUGCCUUCUCCGGUCUCCUAGAAAAUUCGGUGCCACCGUUGUAGUUGAGGACCGAGGUAUGCAGCAACCACCAUGGCCAAUGCAAGUC